UCCUCUCACUCAUUCUUCCAUCCGAUGGCCACACCACGCGCCAUCCGCCGCGCGGCCACCGCUUCCUCCGUCAAUUACCUCCGCCGCUUCUGCUCCUCCACCGCCCCCGCCACCGCCGCCACUCGCCAACGGCAACCACCUCAGGACCACAAGUUCCUGUCUCCGAGCCCGUACGUCGGGAGCUGGGAGACGCCGAAGGAUCCGAAGGAGGCAGAGGCGAAGCUGGCGGGGCUGAGAAGGGAGUACGCGAAGCAGGUGAAGGAGCUGAGGAAGGAGUACAUCCAGGAGGUGGAGGCAAUGAGGCUGGAGCAGCAGAGGAAGGACGAGGCCAAGCGAGAGGCGAUUAGGGUUGCGAGGGAGGAGCGGAACAAGGUGAAGGCCGUCGAGGCGAAGGUCAGAGCAGAGGAGAGGAUGGUCGCCGAGGAAGAAUUUCGGCGGAUGCUCAUGAAAGAGAGGGCUGAGAAACUUGAGAACUGGAGGAUGAAGGAGAAAUCAAGGGAAGAUAAGAAGAAAGAGGCCCGUGAGCUGUUGCGCCGGAAAAGCUCCAUAUGGAUUGAUGAAUCUGAACUGGAGAGUAAAAUACUGGAAGCCAUGGUCGAUACGACCACUCUCUAAAUCGAAAUCUCUGCAGUGGUCUGCUAGUAGAGAUACUAUUACUUUGAAUCAAACUGACCUGCUCAUUCACAAUAGACAGUCUCUUCAGUUGGGAGUAGUUUAGUUCAAACGUUAGCCAAGGCCGAGUUCGGUAUUCCCUCUGACUUUACAAACUUAUUCUGGUGCAGUUAUUCCUGGAGUUUCGGAGUUGGUGCAAUCUUCUGAUUGCCAUUCCUCAUCAUGCUCAUAUUUGGUAUUCCCUUUUCAUGAGAGGUUUUGGGUACGUGCCAGGACACAUAUUCUGGGAAUGGUACAUGCAAUGUGUUGGCUGACGAAGCAUGAAAAAUGGACAGAAGUUGAGAACCUCGGUUCAAAGUGAUGGUAUGGCACUGCUAUAGUAAUUAGCAAGCGAUUGAGGCCUGCCAUGUCUUUCGGGCUGGAC